AUGGCCAUAGACGACGAACACUUGGUGGAGUUGGUGGAGAGGCUCACCGAUGACAACUUUUUGGGCUUCGUGGAUCAGUUCGUGGAGGAGAACUGCGGGGUCUUUGUCGGCUUCAGCGGCGAGCACUUGCAUUGCUUCCACACCUUGCACAGUCAGUACCAGCGGCUCUUCGAGUCCAGGGCCGAAGCCUGGCUCAGGGAGAGGGGCUUCAGCCCCGAGGCGCUGGCGCGGGCGGCUGGAGGCUUGGGCAAAGACAUUGCGGACUCCCUGCUGGCGGUUGGCGACUACCAGGCCUUUGUGGCCAUGAUGCUCCGGCGCCUCGGAGACUCCGAGGUCGCGGAGCCGGAAGGCUGGAUGCCGGCGACAUCCGUGAUGUUGGGCAAGAGGGGAAUGGGCAGCGUCCAAGAGCAAGGCCCGGAUCCGAUCUCGGAAAUCGACGGGGAGACUGACGACCGAACUGCCGGUGGGCAAAGCCUUGCAGACCUGCCACGAGAUGCUUGGCUCGAGAUGUCGGGCAUUGCCAUGGGAGUCGUCAAGCCCUCUUGCAAGCCGGAGGGCUUGCCAGCGGACAAGCUGCCUCGGCCGCCGGAGUAUUUGAUGAGCACUCAGAAUUCGUUUUCCACCUGGGAGUUGCCCGUGCCGGGAGGAGUGUGCGUGCCGCCCAACCGGAUGAUGCACGAGAGGCUGCGGGCAGAGCUCGAGAACCUGCUGGCGCACGUGGAUCUCAGCCCAACCAGGUUCAAGAAGCACAUCAUCAGCCUUCGGAAAAAGGCCGACACUGAGGCGGAGAAGCUUGAGCUGAUGAAGGAGACAAUGCGGCAAAAGAGCCGAGAGCAGAAGGCCAAUGGCCACUGAUGCGAGGCAUCGGACACAAACGUUCGAAAGAUCCAAUGCACAUUCUGUGACAUUGAGGUGCCCUACUGGCUUCUGCCCAAUCAGCUGGGGUCA